AUGGUAUUCUCAAGGGCAUUACAUCUAAAUCCUGGUGCCUGCUGUCUUCUCUUUGCUGCUCUCGCUGUUGCCAGCUUGCAGGAUGAUCGUAUCUCUAAUCGAAUCCAAUAUUGUCUGACAUAUUACGGCUACGUGUCCGCCCUUCUUGACCCUUACGGCGUCCACUUCACGUAUGCACCUGGUGCUACUCUUCAGGUCUGUCCGCCGGUUAGGUCUGACUUCGAGGGCUACGAGAACCUGGCUCUCGAUGUUGCACUCAGCUUCCACCCAAGUGACAACGGCUGCAAUGCUAUCAACUCCCUCCUGCUAUCAGACAUCCUUAUAACCAACAAGCCUGUUCAGUGGCCAUAUAUGAGUGGUACUGUCGAGCCUGCAGUCCUCACAGAAGACUCCACUGACAGUGUCCUCAGCUGGAAGAUUGAGGGUUCCGAAAAGUCGCUGUAUGAGAACCCUCGUGGACCCUCUGCUCGCGGAGUCAACUUUUCAUGCAGUGAGAUACGGAAGGACUCAUUGUACUGGUAUUGGGAUGACGAAGACUGGGACUGUUUGGAGUCUCAAAUAAUCAAGUGGAAUCCGCACGCGAAGAAUCUUCAAUAUACCAUUCAUCUGGACCCUUCGUGGACAAGAAUGACGAUUUGGACACAAGGUGAAGACUUUGGCUCCAUAAGCACUGGCAAGCCCUCUCCAGUUUUGGAUAUCUCGUUUAUAGGGUCUCGCAGGGUGCCUAAGGUCACUGAUGAUUCGUUUUGGUCGAACUUCCCAGGAUCCUACGAGGCCGAAAAGGAGCGUUUCUCAGAUGAGAUUGAUAUCCUUUCUGACGAGGCGGGAAUGCCGGUCUUUGCCAACAUAAGCCUGGGGGAAUGCAGACCUUUCUGA